AAGACCCACAUGCCUUUACUAUUCUUAAUUUCACGUUUCUUAACUCUCUGAAGCUUUUUUUUUUAUUUAAAAAGCUCCACCACCACCCGCCCCUCUCCUACCCCUCUUUUUCUCUCGACGCUUUCUAAUAUAACGACGAUUCGGCCGAGGCCCUAUCUUUCUACAGUCAGAGCAGCAUCCGCUUGCAUCCCAAAAGAUGCCUCACAGGCUCAUUUUCCAAGGCUUACGGGCCGUGACUAGAAGUAGAAGCUCUUCAGCGGCGACCGCUUCGGCGGCGGCGGCGGGUUGCCCGUUUCAUCAACGGCAGGAGACAGCCGAUGUGCGGACAGGAAUUAAGCCCUUUGAGGCUAUUCCUACUCCAAAAGGACUCCCAUUAAUAGGCACUAUUUUUGAUAUCAUUAGGACUGGAGGAGCAGCCAAAAUUCAUGAAUAUUGUGAUAUGCGCCAUAAGGAGUUGGGACCCAUUUUUAGAGAGAAACUGGGUCCCGUAGAAUGUGUCAUUAUUUCGGGUAAAGAUCUAAUCCAGAAAGUCUAUCUCGCAGAAGGACGUUUUCCUGAACAUCUUGUGCCUGAACCCUGGCAGAUUUAUAAUGUACUCCGAGGAAUCACACGAGGAUUAUUCUUUAUGGAUGGCGAACACUGGAAAAGUAGGAGAAAUCUGUUAAAUCACACUCUGAUGGCACCACAAGAAGUUGCGAAGCAUGGUCCAGAUUUCAACGGUGUUAUAACUGAUCUUAUUUCUCGUUGGGAAGGAUUAAUGGAACAAAAUAGUGGAGGGUUUAUUCCGAAUAUGGAGAACGAGCUUUACAGUUGGUCAAUGGAAAGUCUAGGGUCAAUGCUUUUUGGAAGAAGAUUAGGCUGUGUAACACCAGCAGCGGAGACCAGUAAUAUGCACGAAUUCGUUCAUCAUGUACAGCAAAUAUUCACAGAAUCUGCUAAUAUGUCCUUGAUUUCACCAAAAUUAGCUUCUAAGUGGAAUUUACCUGUUUGGCGGAGAUUUGUUAAUGCUGCUGAUCAAGCAAUAGCAAUGUCUCGUUUUUACGUGGAAGAAAGAAUUUCGGAGAUUGAGCAGUUGAGAGAAGGAGGACAGGAAGUGCGAGGCGUGCUCAGUAAAAUGCUUGAAGACUCAACUAUGGAUAAAAAUGAAAUAGUCAAUAUUGUCGCAGAUUUGAUUUUAGCUGCAGCUGAUACGACUUCCCAUGCAACACAAUGGGCGUUAUAUUCCUUGGCAAAACAUCCUGAAUGCCAAGAUAAACUACUCUCUGAAAUCAAGGCUGCUGUACCAGAUGGUGAAAUGAUUACUGAAGAACAUUUGUCUAAAAUACCUUAUUCAAUGAAUGUCAUCAAGGAAACAUUACGAAUGUACCCAAUAGCCUCCUUCCUAACAAGAAGAUUACCUAAGAAAAUAAUAUUGGACAACUACGAAAUUCCUGCUGGGAAACUAUUCGUGAUGUCCCAGUACACUGUUGGAAGAGAUCCUAUUAGAUUUCCUGAACCACAUGAGUUCAAGCCAGAUCGAUGGACUCGUACAGGCCCACGUAGCGAACAAACAGCACAUUGUUGUAUGCCAUUUGGCAUCGGUGCACGUGCGUGCAUCGGUCGACGUGUGGCUGAAUUGAAGAUGCGUCUACUGUUAACAAGGGUGGUACAACGAUUUCAUCUGGAAUCUGCGAAUGAACAGGACGUUGGAAUAGCACUGAGAUUAAUCACAACUCCAGAAGUACCAAUAAAGCUCAAUCUGCAUAAGCGGUGAUGGGGUGUCAGUCAAUGGUUCCAAUUGACGAAAUCUAAUCAAUAUCGCCUUCCAGGAGUGAAAGUUUGGUUAGGAUCAAGAAAAAAUCUACUGCCGUGCUUAUAGAUCUCUAUCAACUUCAUCUAGUCUUGAUGAUAUUCUGUCCAGCGGUAUUCUCUCUUAACUCUCUUUGCAUUUGAGCUCUUUCUUCCUGUACCAACUCUCAUAUGAAAAACGAUAUAACUAUUAUUCUACGCCGUAUAUAGCUAUGGACUGAAAGUGUAUUGAAAAAACCUCGGAGGAGGCAAGUGAAAAGGUAUUUCGGUGAUAUACAAAAAAUUCUGAAACAAAUGCUGUUGUUGUGAGAAAAAAAAAUAUUGUUACUCAGGACAUUUAUUUGUGAGAAAUGUUGCAAUAAUUUGUGUUUUAUUUUAAUAGUUUGAAAGCGAAAUUAUAUUUAUAUAAGUGUAUACAUGCUUUUGUGCGCAUGUACAUCAGAGGCGUACGCAAGGUUUACCACUGCAGUUUCAUUGUUUUAAUAAAAACAUGACCCACCUGUAAUUUUAGUUAUGAUUGAAAAAAUGUGGUAAAAGACUUCAUACUUUAUUCAAAGUUAUAAAUAAAAAUAAGAAUAUAUAUGCUUAAAUCAAAGAGCCAGGUAAAAAAUAUGUAAUUCUAAAAGUUUUUGAAAAUAAAUUUUUUUUUUAUUAUUUACAUAUUUACCAAUUAAAUUAUUCAAAUAUUUUCCCAAAUAAUUCAUUUAGAACCAUUAACAACCCUUUAAAGAUCUGAUUUUCAUUUUAUUAUCCUUAAUACUAACUUUUUUGUGCUAAAUAAAUAAGUAAUUGGGUAUUUUAUUAAAAUUAUUAUCAUAAACAAAAAACCUUUUUUCUUCCUUACUUUACAAUUCUUUGAUUAAUUGAGAUAAUAAAAUCACUAUACAAUUUUAAUCAUUAAUAUAUUUUCUUUAAAAAAAUACUUACAUUUUUGCAUCAAUUAUUUUUUUAUUCUUAUGGAAAGUCCAAGAAAUGAGUACGCCACUGAUGCAUAUGUAUUUUAAAAUACUGAUCACUUUUGAUCAUGUACAAAUCUGUUAAAUAUAUAACGGGUGCUUAGAUGGUAGAUUAGUAAUCUUUAUUUAUGAAAAUUAACCCUAUAUAGAAGCUUAGUUCAUUAUUGAAAGUACUGUUUAUAUUAAUGCUUGUAUUCUAUAAAUAAUUAGGUGUUGACUAUGGUUUUAGUAAUUAUGUCUGCUUUUUGCUGAAUAAAUAAUUUAAAAUAUCCUAUUAUAAAUUUAUUGAAUUAAAUAUGCGAAAUCUUUUAUUUAGUUUUUCAGUCUCUCUUUUCUAAAAUUUGGGCAAAAUUUACGGAAAUCUUUUGUAAGCUAGAUUUAUUUUUCAGUAUAUUGAUUAAAGAUUAUGGGGUGGAAUAAAAUACAAGUUUUACAGUGUUUGAAAAAAACGGGUUUUGUCACGGGUUUCAACCAUGCAAUAAUGAUGUGGGUAAAUAUGUAGUUUAGAAAACUUUUCCAAGUUGCUACAAAUAGAAAUUCUCAGGAACUACGAUAAAGUAGAGCAAUUCUUAUAUAUUAUCUUGUUAAUGCAUGUUAAAUUAUGUAAGAAAAUUUAUAAAUUGAUUUAACGUAAAUUGUAAGAAUAUUGGGAAAACGUUGAAAUUUAUUUACUUGUCAUGGUGAAAGAAUUAGAGUGUUUACUUUAGUUAUUAUGUAAACAAGUGGUUCUCAAACUGAUUAUAAGAGUGUUAAAUCACUAUAAUAUUUAAUAUUGAUAAAAUUCCAUGAUUAUUAAUAAUUUCAUUGCAUUAUACAGAACUUAAAACUUAUGAUUGUGAAUUCAUUGCUUCCUUUAUAGGCCACUCCCGUCUGCUACACUCUCAAAUAAAAGGAAAGAAAAUUUUAAAAAUUCUUUUAUCCUUUUAUUCCACCUUAAUAUUUUUAAUUGUGUGUAUGGGCCACAAUUUAUCAUCCGACUUAAUUAAAUUUAAAUUCAUAUUAUAUUUAAAGAAUUAAUUUUCAGAGGCUACUAUUUUCCUUUAACUUAAGUCAAUUGUUAGACCAAGUGAAAUCCGUAUCAUAACUAAGAAAUCAACUUGGCAAAUUUUCGAUAAUUUUGAUAAUAAUCAUUAUUUUACUCCAAAAAAAGUUCUCAAAAUUUCGAACUUUUUAAAUGAAAAGUCAUAAAUUAAUUCAAUAUUUAUGAUAAAAAGAUUGUGAAAAAUCAAUUUAUUAAAACUUUCUGGUCAGUAAUUCAUGCAUUUUGAGCUAUUUUACAAACAAACAACCAUUGGAGAGUUUGUUUUUUCAGACUAAAUUUAACAGUUGCAAAUUGCCAAUCAAAUAUUUGACACAUGUUUUUGUCAUAAAUAAUUAUUGACAUUUAAAUGGAAAAAUAAUUAAUUGAACAAGACAUAAACGAAAGUUUAUUUUCAAUCCAAGCACAAAAAUGAAAGGAUAAACUAUUUUUUAUCUCCAACUACAAGAACAGAAAUUAACAAAUAAUUUUAAAAAGAAUGGAAUUUUAUUGUAAAAAAAUUAGCUGCACCAGUUUUAUAUCUUUUAAAUAACAAGUGUGUAUUUUAAAUAACAAGUGAAAACUACACAAUUAUUCACGAAUUUAUUUUAACAUUAUUAUUAACAAAUUUAUUUUAACAUUAUUAUUCACAAAUUUAUUUUAACAUGACUAUAUUUUAAGUCUUCAUUUCGCAUUUUUGAAAUGUAUUAAGUUUAAUACAUGUUUAUUUUUGAAAAGUCAAAUUUUUAUGAUUUUUUUGUAUAGUUUGCAUUUUUACAAGGCAGAUUAAAGUACAUUUUAAAUUAGUUUGGUGCGGAUAUUGUUAUAUUAUUGCUGUUGUAUUUUUGUAGUUAUUAUUUUUGUAUUUUAAUUUUUGUUUGUUUACGUCUUUUUAGAAUUGUUAACCAUUUACAAAAUGCAAUCAAAGUAUAUCAGCUAUGUUUUACAAAAAAAAUGAAAAACGCGUGAAAAUUUAGCUGAAAAAUGUUUGAGAGCCACGAUUGUAUUAUAUUGUACAUAGUUUGUAUUCAAUUGUAUGAAAUUAUAAAUUAUACUUAUUUAUAUAGUGAGAUUUGAAGCUGGGCUUUAAAAUGUCAAAUCAGGUAUACUUCGGAAAAACUAAAGAAUUUUUUUUAACGACUCGCAUAAUUUGUUUUAAAUCCAGAUUUUGCCGCUAAAAAUGAAUUCCAAUUUCAUUUGAUUCAAAAAAUACUAUGCAACAGCAGUUUGUUUUACGAAAUGUUACAAAAAAAGUUUAAUAUUGUAAAAUAUAGAUUUUUUAAAAAGUAAUUUCUCAAUAACAUUGAUCUUAAAAAAAUAACAGACAUCGUUAAGAUAUAUAGAUUCAGAUUUAUAUUUGAUAACAGAUUUUAUGUAUUUAACGCAAGCUCCGAUUUCAUGAUAAAAAAAAUUUCUGGGUAGAAAAUUUUAAAAAAGAAAAUAUAAUCAUGAAGUUUUUGCAAAAAGGCUAAUGAAGAUAUCAAAUAUUAAACACAUAUUUUUUUGAAUACCAAAUGACUAAAGUAUCUUUAAAAAAAAAAAUUUUUUUUUGCUUAAAUUGAAGGAGAAAUUAUAAAAAAAAACAGAGGCAGAAUAAAAAUUCAGCUGUUACGUCAUAAAAUUGAAUGCAUACAGGGAAAUGAUAUUUUUAAGUUAACUUUUUAUGAAAUGAAUUAUAUUAAUUAUUUCUAAGAGAAAAUUAUCACGGGUAAAUGUUGCUUGCUUGCAAAAUAAAUAAAUAAGUAAUGUUUAAAGGUUUUGAAACAAUUCUCCAUUGUUAAAAGAACUACCAUGUUUAAAUUUUUAAUAUUUAAAUAUGCACAAAAUCUAGAAUGUAUAACUUGCAUUGAAAAACAGUUCGGAAGUUUAAUGUAUAGAAAUUUUAAAAAAUCAGACUCAGUAGACACAUGAUUUUUUUUUUAGUUUGAAUAAAGUUUUAGUAACAGAGAAAAAAUGUUUUGUGAUAUUAUAUAAAUUAAGAAACACUUAACAAUUCCCAGCAUUUUUCGUUUCUACCAUGCAUAUUAUGUCAUUUCUACUAAUAUUUAUUUUAAUAGAUAUUGGGUAUUAUGUUAUGGUAAAAGUCUUUUAGAUUUCUUCACUUGAUUGUGUUCAUAUAAAUCAUAAAAAUUUCUUUGAACAAUACAAAAACUGUUAUCUCUUUCCCUUUUUCCAAAACAUGAAAAUCAACAAUGAAAAAUCAUUAUUUAUUCAUAUUUUGUAAAUGUUUUAAAUUAUUAUGAAAAAUAAAAUUUUGUACUUUUUUA